AUGAGGUGUAGCAUAGACAAUGCCAAACCUUAUCCUCCUCAGAUGGCUGCACUACCACAGUUAAGGACCUCAAAAGUGCAACAUCCAUUCUUCUACACUGGAGUGGAUUAUUUCGGACCUAUCGAAGUUACUGUUGGCCGCAGACAUGAAAAAAGAUAUGGUGUCCUAUUUACCUGUUUAUCCACUCGAGCAAUUCACAUCGAAACGGCUCAUUCUCUUAACACAGAGAGUUGUAUAAUGGCGAUUCAACGAUUCAUCAGCCGAAGACCAGUUCCCUCAGAACUAUAUUCCGACAAUGGCACAAACUUUGUAGCUGCAGAUAGGGAACUUAGAAACACUGUAAAGUCACUCAAACAUGAAAAGAUCCAAAAAGACGUGGUGAACUACGGGAUAAAGUGGAAUUUCAUUUGCCCGCGAGCACCACAUAUGGGAGGCUGCUGGGAAAGACUUGUUAGGUCUGUAAAGACCGCAUUAAGGAGUGUUAUGCGCUGCCAGUACCCAAAAGACGAAGAGCUUCAGACUUUCAUGGUUCGCGUUGAAUUUAUAAUAAAUUCUCGCCCACUCACUCAUGUUUCUCUGGAUCCCAAUGACCCCGAACCAAUCACACCAAACCAUUUUCUAAGAGAAGCUUACAAAAUCAACCUAAACGAAGACCAACUGUGUAAACGACAAUUAGCUCGUGUUAGAUCACUCCUAGACGGCUUCUGGAAGAGAUGGGUGCACGAGUACCUUCCAUGCCUUUCAAGACGGUGCAAAUGGCACAAGAAAUUGGACCCACCAAAGAUUGACGAUCUUGCAAUAAUAAUUGAGGAAAACUGCCCAAGAAAUACAUGGCCCCUUGGCCGAAUCUCGGCUGUCUACCCAGGUCAUGAUGGCCAAGUACGAAUAGUAGACAUAACAACAUCAAAAGGAACUUAUCGCCGGCCUCUGACUAAAGUUGCAGUCCUUACCGUUGGAGGGGAAAACAUGUAA